UCAAUAAUUUUUUUUAAAAUAUAUACUUAAAUAAAGAAUAUUAUAAACAUGUUUAAAAUAGUUUUAAAUACUAUAGUUUGUUUCAUUUUUUUCUCAACCAUCAAUGCUGCAAAUGUUUUGCCUCAAGAUAUGCAGAAAUGUGCUAAUAGUGAUGAAAGCUGUUUAACGAAAACAGGUCAAAUGAUCGUUACAAAUUAUGCCAAAUCUGGAUUACGAGAACUGAACUUAACUCCCUUUGACCCUUUACACAUCAAAAGUAUGGUUUUGGAAAAAAAUCCUGCAAGUCCUGUGAAUAUUGAACUAAGUUUUAAUGACGUCAAUUUGAAUGGAUUACAAAAUUUAAAAAUCAAAAAACUAAAAGGUCUCGAUGCAAACUUUAAAGAAAUGACAGAAUUAGAGGCGGAAGUACCAACUUUGACUUUAGAAGGCCCAUAUUCAAUAAAUGGAAAAAUUUUGGUUCUACCUAUUGUUGGAAAAGGCGAUUCCAAAAUUGUAUUAGACAAUAUUCAUAUUGUAGCUAAAAUUAAAUUUAAACCUGUACAAAAGUCUGGAAAGACUUAUGCUGAAGUCGAGAGUAUAAAAUUAGAAUUGAAUCCAAAACAUGUAUCAUUCAGUUUAGGCGGUCUCUUCAACAAUGAUAAGCAACUAAGCGAUACGAUGCAUACUUUAUUGAAUGAAAAUUGGAGUGAGAUUUUUAAUGAACUACAACCAGAAAUAUCCAAAGCAUUGGGUUUAAUUAUUAAACUUAUUAUAAAUAAUGUUUUUGCAAAAUACCCCUAUGAAGAAUAUUUUGCUUAAAUACAAACACAAAAAAAUACAAUUGUUUGU